UCAGACACGUCGUCAGCUACCGUCUGAGCAGAAAGCAAUCGACGUGAGUGGGUGCUGAACUGAAGGUGGUUUGUGCACACUACAGGAAAGCUGCUUCAGAAACUUGGAAAUAAGCGCGUCGUGUGCGCCUGGUGUAGAAGAGGCUUCGAUUAACCCGAGGUUGUUGAAGGGAUACAUAGAAACUAGAGAGCUACAGAAAAUGGCAUCAAAAUCUGAAGACCAGACAGCACUGGAUCGCAAGGAGGAGCUGAAGACUGCAUUGCAGCCGCUUCACAAGAAGCUGAAAUCGUUUAAAAAGGUGAAGAAGAUCUGUGAUAAAACAGCACAACACAUCAAGACUCAGGUUCUCCAAACAGAGGGACAGAUCAAGCAGGAGUUUGAGAAGCUUCACCAGUUUCUACGAGAUGAAGAGGCAGCCAGGAUAGCUGCACUGAAGGAGGAAGAGGAGCAGAAGAGUCAGAUGAUGAAGGAGAAGAUUGACAAGAUGAACGGAGAGAUCUCAUCUCUUUCAGACACAAUCAAAGCCAUAGAGGAGGAGAUGGAAGCUGAUGAUGCCACAUUCCUGCAGAACUACAAGAGCACUGUGGAAAGAGCCCACACUGCUGGCACACUGCAGGAUCCAGAGAAGCUUCCAGAAGGAGCUCUGAUCAAUGUGGCAAAGCACCUGGGCAACCUGAAGUUCAGAGUCUGGGAGAAGAUGCAGGAGAUUGUUCAAUACACUCCCGUCACUCUGGAUCCCAACACUGCUUACUCAGUGCUCGCCCUGUCUGAGGAUCUGACCAGUGUGAGAUGGGGUAGUGAGAUCCAGCCGCUUCCUGAUAACCCGGAGAGGUUUGACGGGUGCGGUAUUUUGCUGGGCUCUGAGGGCUUUAACUCAGGGUCACAGUGCUGGGAUGUGGAGAUUGGGGAGAGUAAAGACUGGGCCCUGGGUGUGAUGAGCGAGUCUGUCCAGAGGAAGGGCGACGUUGGCGAUGCGAGAGGUCAGUGGGGAGUGGGGUGUAAUGAUGUCUACAUGGCAUGCGCACCGCCGGAAGAGACCAAGCUCACGGUGGAGCAGAAGCCCAAGAAGAUCAGGGUGCAGCUGGACUGGGACGGAGGAAAGCUGUCAUUCUCCGACCCAGAUAAUGGCGCACACCUGCACACUUUCACUCACACCUUCACCGAGAGAGUGUUUCCAUACUUUGUGUUCUUAGAUGACUCCUCUUACAAGAUCCUACCAAUGAAAUGUAGUACUAGUCUGAAUCCUCAAAGUUAGAGAUCAAUCAGUCUCUGUGUUACCAUGGAUGACUAGAACAUGGAACACUGAAUGUAGAAACGGGUAUCCUAGUUAAGAGUCAUCGGCAUGACUUAAAAACUACAAAAGUCUGCUUGUAAUGAUAUACCCCUGAGAAAUGUAUCAUUUGGGGUGAUGCUAUGACACUGAUUUGAUAUAUAAAGAUUUAAUUAAAUGGAAGUUUGUGU